AUGACCCGCAGUGGGCGAAUCUAUGGCCCACCAGAAGAUGACAAAGAGAAACCUAAAGAAGCACCGGUGAACGAAAAAGGAAAAGAGAAAGCGGGUGGAGAGGCUGCCAAUGAAAAGAUCGAGGAAAUAGCACAAGAAUCAAAACCUGUGUCCAAUGAGGAGGUGUGUGAAUUCCUGAAAUUCAUAAAGCAAAGUGAGUAUGCAGUGGUAGACCAGUUGAAUCGCAUCCCGGCGAAGAUUUCUCUGUUGGCCCUCUUGAUGAAUUCAGAUCCCCAUAGAAAAGCAUUGUUGAAGGUCUUGAAUGAGGCGCAUGUAACCCAAGACAUCUCGGUGGGUAGAUUUGAAGGAAUCGUUGGUAAUAUCACAGCUAAUAAUGUCUUGGCGUACUCUGACGCUGAGAUUCCCCCUGAAGGCAUUACACACAACAAAGCUUUGUACAUUUCUCUCAAAUGCAUGGAUCAUAUUAUGGCCAAAGCUCUUGUUGAUAAUGGAUCAUCUGUUAAUGUGCUGCCAAAGCCGACAUUUGAUAGACUACCAGCUGGAAGACUGCAAAUGAGGCCUAGUCUUAUGGUUGUGAAGGCUUUCGAUGGUACGAGAAGAGAAGUAUUGGGAGAGAUUGAUUUGCCAGUUUUGGUCGGGCCAGUAACCUUCAUUAUGACUUUCCAAGUGAUAGAUAUGGUGCCGGCAUAUAGCUGUCUCUUAGGAAGACCCUGGAUGCAUCCUGCAAAGGCCUUACCAUCCACCCUUCACCAGAAAAUCAAGUUCAUAGUUGAUGAUAAGCUUGUUAUAGUAUCCGCUGAGGAAGACAUGUUGAUAAGCAAGCCAAUAACAACCCCUUAUAUAGAGGCUGCUGAGGGAGCUGUGGAGGCUUCUUUCCAAUCCUUAGAGAUAGCUAAUGCUACCUAUGUGAAGGAAAAAACACCGAUUCUGAGGACCGAAUUAUCUGGGGCAUCACCUGCUGCUAGGAUGAUGAUAGAAAAGGGGUACCAAUAUGGUUGCGGAUUGGGAAAGGAAGGCCAAGGCAGAACUAAUCUGGUGGAAAUCCCAAUCAACAAAGACCGUUCUGGACUCGGGUAUGUACCCACGCCCGCCGAUAAAAAAAGGAUUGCGGAUGAAAGGAAAGAGAAGAAGGCUGCCAAACGAGAGGGACGAGAGGCCUUAGCUCAAGGGAUCCCUAUCUGUGACAUCCGUAAAAGCUUUCAGAGCGCUGGAUUCGCCUUUUUAAGCCAGGUCGCCAUGGCUGCAGAAGAAGCACCUGGAGAUGAACGUGUUGAUCUUGUUCUUCCCUGUGAGUCCGACUCAGAACUCGACAACUGGGAAAUUCUUGAGCUUCCCGUGGUCCUUAGCCCAGAUUCAAAGUACGAAAGUGAUUCUCUUGACAGUAACAGUGCUAGCCCUUUGUCCCAUGAUUUCGAUCGUCCUGUUAAUCAAGCUGAUGAAGUUGAGGAAGAUGAAUAG